AACCUCCAUCCAACGAUAAAAAUUCUCCAAAGUAAACCAAAGUACUUCUGUAUUAUAUUAUUUUAUUUAUUAUACACUGGAAAACCAAACAAUAAUGGCAGAGAAUGGGAGGAUUCGAAUCUGUAAAAUAUUAUAUGCAGCACUAACCAUACCCUUCUUCCUCUCCAUCCCCAUCUUAGCAGUGGACGUUCUUUUAGGCAACUCUUGCGCCGACUUCAAAUCCCUCCAGACCAUGCUGGUCACAUGCGGGGUUGUGAUGCUGCUAUGCGGCGCAUUGGCCUUCGUAGCAAUGUAUUUCCAGGACGACGACGUCCUCUUUUGGGUAUCUGUAAUUCAGUUCUUCGCCGCGUUUUUUGUUUUAAUGUUCCUGGUCUUUGUUGUCCUUGAGAUGUCCAAGCUCACCGGAAAAUCGGGCUCCCCCGAGCCGGUGCCAAACAGGGCUUACGAGGAAUACCGUUACGACCGCUUCUCCGCCUCGCUUCGGAAGACGGUUAGCCGGUGGGAUUACUCCGUCCUGAACUGUGUGGCUCCUUCUGGUUCCUGCGUUGACUUCAAUGCCACUUUUGACUUCAAUGACUUCGCAGCGCAUCUCACCCCCUUACACAGGUUGGAUGUUGUAUGCCACCUACAAAGUGUGGCUUUACUUUUGUGAGCCCAACAUAUUGGACAGCAGCAACAUCAACAAGCAAUCAAACCACAAUUUUAGACACUCAGUGUCUCACGUGGAACAAUGAUCAAACCAAACUUUGCUUCUACUGUGAUUCUUGCAAAGCAGGAUUCUUAGCCAAAAUCAGGAACAAAUUGAGAACCGCAUAUACUGUUGUGCUUAUUGCAUUUUCGGUGUUUCUUGUUUAUGUCAU